AGUGAUAACGGUUGCAAGAAGCGUUUAAAUAUACUUUUGUGGAAUACUUCAUUCGAUUGCAGUCAAUCUGCCGAGUCAGAGUGUUCGCUCCCGAAUCGGCUCAACGAUGUCGUCGACGAUACUGACAUGUAUUGUUUUCUCGUUUAUUACACUGUAUUGCACAACCGUUACAGGAAGACACAUACACAAAUCUGCGGAAAACAACAGGCCUAUCAUAGGUAUACUAACGCAAGAACUAAGCUAUAGUCAAAAGGCAAAGUAUGGGUCGCACUACGAUAGCUACAUUGCUGCAUCGUACGUAAAGUUCGUAGAAGGAGCUGGUGCAAGAGCUAUUCCAAUUUGGAUCGGAAUGCCGGAAGUGUACUACGAGGAAAUCAUGAGUGAAAUUAAUGGAGUUUUAUUACCUGGUGGUGGGGCAGCGUUUAAUCGAGCCAAUGGAUAUGGGGCAGCUGGGAACCAUAUUUAUAAGAUCGCAACGAGGAUGAAUAAAAACGACGAGUACUUUCCAAUUUUAGGUAUAUGUUUGGGAUUUGAAUUUUUAACGUACGUUGCUGCGAAGGGUAACGACCCUAGGAUACCGUGCAGUAGCAGUAGUCAACCGCUUCAGCUUGAAUUCGAACCAGGUUUUAAUAAUAGCAGACUGUUCGGAAACGCUCCCAAGGAUAUUCUAGAAAUACUAGAAAACGAAAAAGUGACUGCUAAUUUUCACCGUCAGUGCGUGACGAAACAGGGCUUAAAAACAGCUUCCAUAAACAACGUAUUUCGGGUAUUAUCUGUAAACAGUGACACAAACGGUAUUUCGUUCAUUUCAUCGUUGGAACACGUUACUUUUCCCUUUUACGGGUUACAAUUUCAUCCCGAGAAAAAUUUAUACGAAUGGGUAACCGGCAAACGUAUUCCACACGGAGAUCACCCGACUCAAUCUUCGCGAUACUUUGCCGAAUUUUUCGUUAACGAAGCACGCAAGAGCGCUCACAGAUUUGCCAACAAGGAAAGAGAGCAAUCGCUUUUGAUCUAUAACUACGAACCAACUUAUACAGGACGGAAUUCCUCGUUUGAGCAAAUUUAUUUGUUUGCUUUAACGUAUGGUUUAACCUAUUAAGAUAAUCUUUAUAUUCCGUUUCGUUAUACGAGAUAUUGGGAAAUAGGUAAAAUAUAAAUUAGAACAUUUGAAAUUGAA